UCGUCAUCACAAGAUUUUGCUCGUGCUGCCAGGCCCGGAGAAAUCGAGUCGCUGUGCUGCAGACCGUGCAGAGACACGGGUUAACGUACCGUCACUCCGCUAACCUGCGCCACAACAAGAAUGUCCGGAGUGAACGUAACGCGAAGCGAAGUGGUGCAGUUUGUGCUGCGUAUCUCGCUGCUAUCAAUCGUCACCUACUACUCGGCGAAAUGGCUCAUUCGAAACCUGGAUCCUUCCAACAAAAGCAAAAAGAAAGCCAUCGAGCAUGCGGAAGAAAUUCUACGGAAGUUGAGUCCAACCAUGAAAAAAUCCGCCGUUCAAAACCUGAACGAGUAUGAAAUGGUCAUUGCAUCGCACCUGGUGGUACCAGAAAAUAUUGCUGAGAGCUGGGAGAGCAUCGCUGGGUUAGACGAUGUAUGCCAGGAGAUUAAGGAAAGUCUCGUUUUCCCAGUGUGCCAUCGGGACAUGUUCGCGGGUUCGGCCCUCUACCAGCCUCCGAAAGGAGUGCUGCUUUAUGGUCCACCUGGUUGCGGUAAAACUUUGAUUGCAAAGGCAACGGCUAAAGAGGCUGGCAUGAGGUUCAUCAAUCUCGACGUGGCCAUGCUCACUGACAAGUGGUACGGCGAAUCGCAAAAGCUUGCCUCAGCCGUAUUCUCGCUGGCGGUCAAGAUACAACCGUGCAUCAUCUUCAUCGAUGAGAUUGACUCGUUCCUGCGCGCUCGCAACUCGUCCGAUCACGAGGCGACGGCCAUGAUGAAAACCCAAUUCAUGAUGCUCUGGGACGGGUUGAACACGGAGUCCGAUUCGACCAUCAUUGUGAUGGGUGCCACCAACCGGCCGCAAGAUCUCGACAAAGCUAUUCUGCGCCGAAUGCCAGCCCAGUUCCACAUCGGCUUGCCGAGCGAGGAGCAGCGUUUGAAAAUUCUACGGCUGAUCCUGCAGAAUGAAAAGGUUGCCCCCGAGAUCGAUUAUGUGCAGCUUGCGCGGGUCACAAAUGGGUACUCCGGUUCGGAUCUGAAAGAAAUUUGCCGUAAUGCCUCGGUGCAUCGCGUUCGUAAGGUGAUGAAAAACAAAGAGAUGAUGGUGGCGGUACAGGCGGCAGUUACCAAGGCACACGAGAAUGGAGCCCUGCCGAAUGGCAGUGCGUGUAAUGGAAGCACCCAGAACGGCGGGACGAGUUCGUUACUUGACUUAGGGACGCCGGCGAUCACAAUGGACGAUCUUACGGAAGCGCUACGCAGUAUGAAACAUUCUAAGUACACCACGGGAGUGAUGAGCGAUGCGCGGAUCGAUUUGGAUUAAACUAUUUCGGAUGCGAGAGCGCAAGCGUUGUAGCUUUAUGUUGCAUUGUCCCUAUUCAGUAAGAUCGUCAUUCGAUGAACGCUGCUCAAAAAUCUUCCCAGUGAUCUUACAGAAAAAAGAUCGUACGAAUACGUUAUAUAGCUUAUUGCUAAUCACGAACAGAACAGUGAAAAGACACAGCGGUUGUUUACAAUACAUCCGAUCCAUGUGCUUCUGUACGUCUGACGCUAUAUUACACGACACUGUCGUGUCCCAAAUUGUCCUGAAACGUAAAGCAGCGCAACAAUCGAAUAAUGUGCAAGCAGAGAAAUUUUUCUUGCCGCGGAUAUUCACAGAAACAGUUUAUAAACCAGUCAGUAGGACGUGGUCGAUGCUAGAUCUUGUAUUUAUCCUUAAAUGGACGUGUUAAAUUUGGGAUGAUUGAUGGUCAGAUAUUGGAUGUGAAAUUUAUCGUAUUGAACACUAUGCAAUUCUAUCGAGCGACAUCACCUAGUAGUGCAAGCAGAAGUAACAGAAAUAGUCAUAUUAAAAGAACCAUAAUGCUUAUAAAAAUCGACCGCUGAAUCAAAUCUUCUUUACGUGUAGAUAUAUGGUAGUUCGAUAGAAAUCGUCUAUUUUAGAAGUUGCUUUUUUUUAAUACCCAGUUGUUUGUCCCUUCUUUUGCAUCCAUUUUAUGGUCCCUUUUUCUCGUGCAGCAAUUCCGUUUGGUGGCAUCUUAAAAAAGAAGUAGGUUAUCGUAAAUUGUAAAUGAAAGCGUUAAUGUAGAUAUUUUGUGUUUAAGGUGGCCGUAAUUAGACAGAAUACACAAAGGAAAACAUUGUUUAAAUAUUGAAUAAAUCAAAUCAAAUUAAUUUGUGUGCUCAAAAAUUUAUUGUUUUAAAGUGGAUGUUAUAAAAUUUGUUAUUAUUGUUAUAAAGUGGAAGGUUAUAAUGAGUUUGUUAUUUAAUGAAUUUCAUAAGAAAAAGUGAUUUUCAUGAAACACCAUGCGCCUCCAUUAGAUGCGAUCGUUGAGUGUAAAUAUGUCAAUUUUUUCUAUUUUUGAUGGAUUUAUACUUAUUUAAAUAAAACGUAAUCGUUA